CCAUCCUCAACACUACCAACACCACAGCAAACCCCCAAGCUGAACUUCCACUGAGCAAAAAUGGAGCAACAACUAUGGCGGGAAACCCAGAAAAACCUCACCACCACCACCAACACCCUCUCUCUGCAACUCCUCUCACGACUCCAAACCCUCAUCACCAACCCAUCAACCUCACCAUCCACCAUCACAACCAUCCUCGAAACCCUCAUCAACUCCCCCUCCCUCCCUCCCAACCACCACAUUUUCUCUCUCCUCCACUCCCUCUCUCUCCACCACCCUUCCUUCUCCUCUCCCCUCUCCUCCUCCCUCCCCUCCAUCACCACCUCUCUCCUCUCCGACCCCACUUCCUCCGCCAUCACCGCCGCCGCUUCACUCUCUCUUCUCGUCUCACUCUCCGCCGCCUACUCCCUCGAUGACAGCCUUGUCAUUUCUCUGUGUUUCCGCCCGUGUGUUUCGGUUCGGGUUUGGGUUUUGAAUAAUGUGAUGAAGUUAUCGGUUCCUCCUAAUUUGUUGCUGCCGGUUAUGCUAGGGUUUACUAAGGAUCCUUACCCUUGUGUUCGUAAAUCUGCGUUGGAGGGUUUGGUGGGUGUUUGUGAUUCUGGGGUUGUGGUUGAGGAUUAUGGGAUUGUUGAAGGGUGUUAUUUUCGUGCCGUUGAGCUUCUUCUUGAUCAACAUGAUUAUGUUCGCUUGGCUGCUCUUCGUGCAGUGAGCGCAUGGGGUUGCAUGCUAGCUGCAUCUAAGGAAGAGGAAGAAGAUAGGAGAGGCUGUUCGGAUGGUGUGUUUUUGCUGAUAUGUUCUAUGGUCAGAGAUAUGAAUGUGGGAGUCAGGGUGGAGGCUUUUACCACCCUUGGAAAAAUUACUUAUGUAUCUGAAGAUAUUUUGUUGCAGACCCUUAACAAAAAGGUUGACGAAGCAAUUAAAGUGAAACAAUCCUUGGCUCUGUCUAGCUCAAAUUCACAUGAAAUUCAUGCUGGUGUUGCUGCCGGUGCAUUUAUUCAUGGUCUAGAGGAUGAAUACAGUGAGGUACAACGGGCUGCCUGUAUCUCCUUGCGAAUGCUUUGUGUCAUCUCUGGUCGAUUUGCUCCUGAUGCUGUUAGUAUAUUGAGCUAUGUUCUGAAUGAUGACUCGGUUAUUGCCAGGUUAGAGGCUUUGAAGACAAUCCAUUGCAUGGCAAUGUCUGGAUGUGUAGCGAUGAAAGAGGCACAUAUAGAUAUGGUGCUUGGUACCCUUGUUGACAGGAACUCCCAGAUAAGAUCCAGAGCCUUUGAUUUGCUUGGAUCAGUUAAAUUGCCUGACCUGAAAGUGUCUAAAUUAACUGUUGAAAGCCUCUUUAGAAGUCUGGACAUCUAUCCCAAGAGUGAAGCCGAAAUCUUUCGUACAUUGUUCAAUAUGGGUCACAAUCAUGGCAAAUUUGCAGUCAGGAUUGUCAAGGACCAUUAUAAUAAGAUUAAGCCUUCCAAUGAUGAAAAAUCUGGCUGUUAUGGUUCAAGAAUUGCUGGAUUGUUGGUUUUGGCUAUUUCAGCUUCCCUCAAACACGAAGAGCACUUUCAUCAAAUUCCACCAAGAAUAUUUUCGUAUGCAGCUGCAUACUUUGGGCGGAUUGCUUAUGCGCUUGGUGAUAUUCUGGAUAUUGAUUCCCUUUUGGCCUACCUGUCUUGCUGCGGUGAGCACCAAUUUGAGGUACAGUCUGAAACCAGGACUCGACCAGAGGUACUUCCAGCUGCAAAAGGUCAGCAGGAAGCACCUGUGCAUGUCUUCAGUGCAAUGCAAAUUGUUCUUGCAACAGUGAAGAGGUUAUGGCCGCUGGUGAAAUGCGGAUGUACAAAUGAAGUGUUGAAGUCUUUAAGGUGUUGUAAAGAAUCUCUUGCAGCAGUAAGGGCUGGCUCUUUUGCAUAUGCUGCUGCUGUAGCUUUUGCCUUCCAAUAUAUUCAUAUAGUGAAGCUUGUCACGAGGGUAUGGAGACACUUUGAGGUUUCCAAAACUUGUCAUUUGUAUCAAUUGGGUGACUUUGACUUGCUACUUGGGAAACUUGACAAAGCGAUUCUAGCUAUCAGAUACAGGUUCAUUGGGUUGAGUAAAGAUGUUGAGCUUAUUAUAAUGGAGUUGUUGCUUCUCAACUAUCUGCUGCAACUUUCAAGCUCUCACAUGCAUUGCAAAACCUUACAGAAAUUAUCUACUAUGGUUGCUUCGGUGUGCCACUUACGGGAUGCAAAAUCCAUUGCAUGUUCGGACUUUGUGAACCUACUUGCAGAACUAUUGUCCAAUGGCAGUUUCUCUCUUGAUGCAACUGGCGAUCAAUGUCAGUUGAAAAAACUGCGUGACUUAUUUAUACUCAAGGACGUGAUACUCACUGAAGAAAUCAGACACAUUAGUGCAGAGCUUGUUGUUCUUGGCUUUGACUCAGUAAGUCCUUUGCGCUUCAUCUCAGGAUUGCCUGUCGGUAUACCCCUGGACAUAACUCUCUAUAACGUGACUAAUGAGCAUAAGCUAUGGCUUAAGAUUGUCUUAGAUGACAAGGUAUCAGAGUUUGUUUUCUUAGACAUGGAAGAAUAUGGAGGUCUUGAUGAGGUCAAGAAGUUCAAGUUCACCGCACCAUUUUACAGAACACCAAAAACAGUUGCUUACACAUUGAGGGUUAGUAUGGGUAUGGAAUGUAUGUCUGAGGAUUUGCAUUUGGUUAGAGGUCAUGGGGGCCCUAAACAUGCCCUGACUUACAUUAGCCUGGAAAUUGAAGCUUAUUUUGUAAAUUUGAAUGCUGAUCAUCUUUUGUUACGUUAAAUUGCUUCUCCCUUCGUUUC